UCCCCCGGCCCGCCCCUUCCUCCCGCGGACCCCGCCCCUCCCCGGCCAUGCCGCGAGCGCCCCGGUGCCGCGCCGUGCGCGCCCUGCUGCGGGGCCGCUACCGGGAGGUGCUGCCCCUGGCCACCUUCCUGCGGCGCCUGGGGCCCCCGGGCCGGCUGCUCGUGCGGCGCGGGGACCCGGCGGCCUUCCGCGCGCUGGUGGCGCAGUGCCUGGUGUGCGUGCCCUGGGGCGCGCGGCCGCCCCCCGCCGCCCCGUGCUUCCGCCAGGUGUCCUGCCUCAAGGAGCUGGUGGCCAGGGUGGUGCAGCGGCUGUGCGAGCGCGGCGCCAGGAACGUGCUGGCUUUCGGCUUCGCCCUGCUGGACGGAGCGCGCGGCGGGCCCCCCGUGGCCUUCACGACCAGCGUGCGCAGCUACCUGCCCAACACGGUAACCGAGACCCUGCGCGGCAGCGGCGCCUGGGGGCUGCUGCUGCGCCGCGUGGGCGACGAUGUGCUCACCCACCUGCUGGCGCGCUGCGCGCUCUACCUGCUGGUGGCUCCGAGCUGCGCCUACCAGGUGUGCGGGCCGCCGCUCUACGACCUCUGCGCCCCCGCCUCUCUGCCGCUCCCGGCCCCCGGGCUCCCCGGGCUCCCCGGGCUCCCCGGGCUCGGGGCCGGGGCCGGGGCCUCGGCGGACCUCAGACCCACACGCCAGGCCCAGAACUCGGGCGCGAGGCGGCGCCGGGGCAGCCCCGGGAGCGGUGUGCCUCUGGCCAAGCGGCCCAGGCGCAGCGUGGCCUCGGAGCCAGAGCGGGGCGCCCACAGGUCCUUUCCCAGGGCCCAGCAGCCUCCUGUCAGCGAAGCUCCGGCUGUGACACCUGCCGUGGCCGCUUCCCCAGCGGCCUCCUGGGAGGGAGGGCCCCCCGGGACUCGUCCAACCACCCCAGCCUGGCAUCCAUCUCCGGGGCCCCAGGGAGUACCCCAUGACCCAGCACACCCCGAGACCAAACGCUUCCUCUACUGCUCGGGUGGCAGGGAGCGGCUGCGCUCCUCCUUCCUGCUCAGUGCCCUGCCGCCUACCCUGAGCGGGGCCCGCAAACUCGUGGAGACCAUCUUUCUGGGCUCUGCGCCCCAGAAGCCAGGGGCCGCCCGCAGGAUGCGCCGCCUGCCUGCCCGCUACUGGCGAAUGAGGCCCCUGUUCCAGGAGCUGCUUGGGAACCACGCCCGGUGCCCCUACCGUGCGCUCCUCAGGACCCACUGCCCGCUUCGGGCCAUGGCCGCUAAGGAGGGGUCUGGCAACCAGGCACACAGGGGAGUGGGCAUCUGUCCCCUGGAGAGGCCAGUAGCAGCCCCCCAGGAGCAGACGGACUCCACACGCCUGGUACAGCUCCUCCGACAGCACAGCAGCCCCUGGCAGGUGUAUGCCUUCCUGAGGGCCUGCCUGUGCUGGCUGGUGCCCACUGGACUCUGGGGCUCCAGGCACAACCAGCGCCGCUUCUUGAGGAACAUGAAGAAGUUCAUCUCCCUGGGAAAGCACGCUAAGCUCUCCCUGCAGGAACUGACGUGGAAGAUGAAGGUGCGGGACUGCACCUGGCUGCACGGGAACCCAGGAGCUUGCUGUGUCCCGGCCGCUGAGCACCGUCGGAGAGAGGAGAUCCUGGCCAGGUUCCUGUGCUGGUUGAUGGGCACAUAUGUGGUUGAGCUGCUCAGGUCAUUUUUUUAUGUCACGGAAACCACGUUUCAAAAGAACCGACUCUUCUUCUACCGGAAGAGCGUCUGGAGCCAGUUACAGAGCAUAGGAAUCAGACAACUCUUCAAUAGUGUGCACCUCCGAGAACUGUCAGAAGCAGAGGUCAGGAGACACCGGGAAGCCAGACCUGCUCUGCUGACCUCCAGACUCCGCUUCCUCCCCAAGCCUAGUGGGCUGCGGCCGAUUGUGAAUAUGGACUACAUCAUGGGAGCCAGAACAUUCCACAGAGACAAGAAGGUCCAGCAUCUCACCUCACAACUGAAGACACUGUUCAGUGUCCUGAACUAUGAGCGGGCCCGGCGCCCCAGCCUCCUAGGGGCCUCCAUGCUGGGCAUGGACGACAUCCACAGGGCCUGGCGCACCUUUGUGCUACGCAUACGGGCCCAGAAUCCGGCACCCCAGCUGUACUUUGUCAAGGUGGACGUGACGGGGGCAUAUGACGCCCUCCCUCAGGACAGGCUGGUAGAGGUGAUUGCCAAUGUGAUCAGGCCUCAGGAAAGCACAUACUGCGUGCGCCACUAUGCCGUGGUCCAGAGGACUGCCCGGGGACACGUCCGCAAGGCCUUCAAAAGACACGUGUCCACCUUUGCAGACCUGCAGCCUUACAUGAGACAGUUUGUGGAGCGUCUGCAAGAGACAAGCUCGUUGAGGGACGCCGUGGUCAUCGAGCAGAGCUCCUCUCUGAACGAAGCCGGCAGCAGCCUUUUCCACCUCUUCCUGCGUCUGGUACACAAUCACGUCGUAAGGAUCGGGGGCAAGUCCUACAUCCAGUGUCAGGGGGUCCCUCAGGGCUCUAUCCUGUCCACUCUACUGUGCAGUCUGUGCUACGGGGACAUGGAGCGCAGGUUGUUUCCUGGAAUCGAGCAGGACGGGGUCCUCCUGCGCCUGGUGGACGACUUCCUGCUGGUCACCCCUCACCUGACGCAAGCGCAAGCCUUUCUCAGGACCCUGGUCAAAGGUGUUCCUGAGUACGGCUGCAGGGCCAACUUGCAGAAGACGGCGGUGAACUUCCCCGUGGAGGACGGCGCCCUGGGCAGCGCGGCCCCCCUCCAGCUGCCAGCGCACUGUCUGUUCCCCUGGUGCGGCCUGCUGCUGGACACCCGGACCCUGGAGGUGUCCUGUGACUACUCCAGCUAUGCCCACACCUCCAUCCGCGCGAGCCUCACCUUCAGCCAGGGUGCCAAGCCGGGGAGGAACAUGCGGCGCAAGCUGUUGGCCGUCUUGCGGCUGAAGUGCUGCGCGUUGUUUCUGGAUCUGCAGGUGAACGGCAUCCACACGGUCUAUAUGAACGUUUACAAGAUCUUCUUACUGCAGGCUUACAGGUUCCAUGCAUGUGUGCUCCAGCUUCCAUUCAACCAGCCAGUGAGGAAGAACCCCUCCUUCUUCCUCCGUGUUAUCGCGGACACCGCGUCGUGCUGCUACUCCCUUCUCAAAGCCAGGAACGCAGGGCUGUCCCUGGGGGCCAAGGGCGCCUCUGGCCUGUUUCCUUCUGAAGCCGCACGGUGGCUCUGCCUCCACGCCUUCCUGCUCAAGCUGGCGCAUCACAGUGGCACCUACAGGUGUCUCCUGGGGGCACUCCAGGCAGCCAAGGCACACCUGAGCCGGCAGCUCCCGAGGGGGACACUGGCUGCCCUGGAGGCAGCGGCUGACCCCAGCCUGACUGCAGACUUCAAGACCAUUUUGGACUGAUGCCCCGUGCUGCCCUCAGCCCAGAGGUGCCCCGGCCCAUGUGCCUCCACGUGGAGGGAGGGGCCGGCUCACUGUAAGGUCUGAGGCCCUGAGAGUUGAGCUGCUGGCCAGGCUGCCCCAGGAGAGCUUGGCCCACGCGUCUUCCAGGGGGAGAGCAACCCAGCACCCUCCUGUGAUUGGGGUUUGGACCGCCAGGAGGGGGCAGGAGAGAAGCCUGUGUGGACCUUGUUCACCCCCGCCCCCUACCCCACCUCUGCGGGACUGCCCCAGGCUGUAAGGACUGCAACGUGUCCCCGAGGGCGCAUGGGGGCACGUGGGGUGCUCGGUGCUGGGUGUGGGCUCCUUCCUGCCAACCUGCACAGCACCCAGGCUUGGACUGUCCACACCUACCUGGGAGCCGUGCCUGCCCCCGGUCAGCCCCGAGCUGCGUCCAAAGUCUGUGUCCCAUAGAGCUUUCCCCAGAGGCUGAGGGCCCAGUCAGCUGUUCCAGACCCAGCCCCGCCCAUCCUGAUGACCUCACCCUGCCCCUUAUACCCCCGCCAGCCUCCUGGAGCCUUGGUGUCUGGCUCACCCCACCCCGUCUCCACCCCCACUUCCAGCUCUUCCCCCCACCCCAGUCCUUGCACAGCACAUGGGGGUCCCAGGCCAUCCUGGCGGCGCCCCUCCCGGACCACCCUCUGCCCCUGGACUUACUGUCCCGGUGACUUCUGGAAAGCCACGGAAACAAUACACCGAGCCUUUGAUCUUAGA